AAACAGGAAAUGAGGUUUUGGUGAAGGGCUAGCUCGAUAAGUCGCCUCUAGUGGAAUGUUUGUGUGGCAUGUGUGCCCUGUGUGUGUGUGUGUGUGUGCCCUGUGUGUAUAUGUGUCUCAAUCUUGCUUACACAUCUGAAGUGGGAGGGGUCUGAUUUAAAAAAAACGGACACACUUCUACCACAACUUCCUCAGAGCUCUGACACACAAACGCACACACAAACCUCUGACUAGCCAUCGGCUCAAACGCUCGUCUCCUGUGAAGCCUGAGUGACACACUCGCGCUCGCCCUGAUCCUCGAUCUCGUUCUUCCCUUUGGUUGGGUCCGGUGUGGUUUCUGCUGAAACAUGAAGGCAACGCGCGCCCUCCUCGCGGCCCUGCCUCUGUGGAUGUGCUUCGGCCACGCAGAUGCCAUCUCUGAGCCCCAGAUCUGUUACAUCUUGGACAGCAUCCUCUUCCUAUACGGCCUCAUCCUCACCGUGCUUUACUGCCGACUCAAGUGGGUGCAGAAGAACAGCUCCUAUCCGGUGAAGAAACAGCCAGAGGGCAUAUAUGAAGGUCUGUCCCCUCACGAUCAGGACACCUACGAGACCAUCCAGCUGAAGAAGGGGAUGAAGUAGGACGAAACGAGAAGAAGCGAGUGAUGGAGAGGAUCCAAAAA